CUCCUCCUCUGUCUCUCUCUCUCUCUCUCCCUCUCCCUCUCCCUCUCCCAGGCCCAAAACAAACAGACUGGCGUUCUGGCCGCCGCCAAGGUGAUUGACACUAAAUCGGAAGAGGAGCUGGAGGACUACAUGGUAGAGAUCGACAUCUUGGCAUCAUGUGAUCACAAAAACAUCGUCAAGCUAUUGGACGCCUUCUACUUUGAAAAUAAGCUCUGGAUCCUCAUUGAGUUCUGUGCAGGAGGAGCAGUGGAUGCCGUGAUGCUGGAGCUGGAGCGUCCGCUGACGGAGCCUCAGAUCCGCGUGGUGUGCCGGCAGACCCUGGAAGCGCUCAUCUACCUCCACGACAUCAAGGUCAUCCACCGCGACCUCAAGGCCGGCAACAUCCUCGUCACCCUGGAAGGAGACGUCAAGCUGGCGGACUUUGGUGUGUCGGCCAAAAACACUAAAACACUCCAGAGAAGAGACUCCUUCAUUGGGACGCCUUACUGGAUGGCUCCGGAGGUGGUGAUGUGCGAGACGUCCAAGGACCGGCCGUACGACUUCAAGGCGGACGUGUGGUCCCUGGGCAUCACGCUGAUCGAGCUGGCCCAGGUGGAGCCCCCCAACCACGAGAUGAACCCCAUGCGCGUGCUGCUCAAGAUCGCCAAGGCCGAGCCGCCCACGCUCAUGCAGCCCUCCAAAUGGUCACCGGAGUUCAGAGAUUUCCUCAGGCGAGCCCUCGAUAAAAAUGUGGACAACAGAUGGAGCCCGGUGCAGCUUCUUCAGCACCCGUUUGUGGCCAGCGUGAUGGACAACAGACCGCUCAGGGAGCUCAUCGCAGAAGCCAAGGCCGAGGUCUGGGAGGAGAUUGAGGUGUCCAAGGAGGAAGAGGAGGAGGAAGACCACGAUGCCCAGCAGCUUCCUGGACACAAGCGCGCAUCAUCUGACGCCAGCGUUGCCAGCUCCGAGGACGAGAAGCUCUCCCAGUCCCCCUCCAUCCUCGAGUCCGUCCCUGAGAAGGCCGAGCCAGAUGUCCCCGUCCCCGCCCCUGCCCCUGUACCUGCUGUCGGGGCAGCAGUCACGGAUGUAGCCAAAGCAGAGGUCCCCGAACCUGUGGAGAACCACAUCCAGGAGCCUGCUCAAGCAGAGGAGCCCUCUGUCAAGGUUGAGGAGAACAUGGAGAAGGAAGAGGCGAUCAAGAAGGAGGAAGAGGAGAUCAAGAAGGAGGAGGAGGAGAUCGAGAAGGAGGUGGAGAGGCCUGGAGCUCCAGUAGACUCAGAGGAGCCCAAGUCAGAGGAGGCGAGGGAGAUAGAACCUCCUGCAGUCGUGGAGGAGCCAGAGCCUGAGGCAGUGGAGGAGGCUCCUGAGGUCAGCCCUGCAGCACCAGAGGAGGUGGAGAAGGAGGAGGUGGAGCAGAAGGAGGUGGAGGAGAAGGAGACGUCUCCGGAACCUCCAGCAAACACGGAGAGCGAGAAGGAAGUGGACGAGACCCAGGCCGUGGCCGAGAAGGAGCCGGAGGAGGAGGCACCGGCCACAGCAGAGGUCACGCAACCAGACUCCCCCGCGGUUCCCCCGGCUGCCCCCGCGACGGUGCUCACGCCCCUGGCGUCACCAGCGCAGAAAGCUCCAGAAGAGGAGAAGCCCACGUCCCCAGGUGACAAGGGCACGCCGGUCAAACCCCGCUACGAGCGGGAGAAGGAUCGGGAGAAGAAGGACAAGGACAAGGACUCGGACUCAGGAACUGGAUCGACCUCGGAGAACAGCAGCGUGGACCUCAACCUGUCCAUCUCCAGCUUCAUGGCGAAGAACAAGGAGGCCAAUUCCAUUAGUGUACAGGAGGCGAAGCGACAGAAGAAGACGCUGAAGAAGACUCGUAAGUUCAUGGUCGACGGCGUGGAGGUGAGCGUGACGACGUCGAAGAUCAUCACGGAUAACGACACUAAGAACGAGGAGAUGCGCUUCCUGAGGCGUCAGGAGCUGCGUGAGCUGCGUCUGCUGCAGAAGGAGGAGCAGAGGGCCCAGCAGCAGCUCAGCAACAAGCUGCAGCAGCAGCGCGAGCACAUCUACAGACGCUUCGAGCAGGAGACCACGAGUAAAAAGCGCCAGUACGACCAGGAGGUGGAGAACCUGGAGCGUCAGCAGAAGCAGACCAUCGAGCGUCUGGAGCAGGAGCACACCAACCGGCUGCGCGAAGAGGCCAAGCGCAUCAAGGCCGAGCAGGACAAGGAGCUGUCGAAGUACCAAAACAUGCUAAAGAACCGCAAGAAAGAGGAGCAAGAGUUCCUGCAGAAGCAGCAGCAGGAGCUGGACAGCGCCCUGAAGAAGAUCAUCCAGCAGCACAAGCACGAGCUGGCCACCAUCGAGAGGGACUGCCUCAACCACAAGCAGCAGCUGCUCAGAGCUCGUGAGGCAGCCAUGUGGGAGCUGGAAGAGCGCCACCUGCAGGAGAAGCACCAGCUGCACAAGCAGCAGCUGAAGGACCAGUACUUCAUGCAGAGGCACCAGCUGCUCAAGAGGCACGAGAAGGAGAUGGAGCAGAUGCAGCGCUACAACCAGCGCCUGAUCGAGGAGAUGAAGAGCAGGCAGACGGCGGAGCGCGGCCGCCUGCCCAAGAUCCAGCGCAGCGAGGCCAAGACGCGCAUGGCCAUGUUCAAGAAGAGCCUCCGCAUCACCUCCUCCACCGUCUCGCCGGAGCAGGAGCGCGAGAAGAUCAAACAGUUUGCAGCCCAGGAGGAUAAGAGGCAGAAGAAUGAGCGUCUGCACCAGCACCAGAAGCACGAGAACCAGAUGAGAGAUCUGCAGCUGCAGUGUGACGCCAACAUCAGAGAGCUGCAACAGCUCCAGAAUGAGAAGUGCCAUCUGCUGAUUGAGCACGAGACCCAGAAGCUGAAGGAGCUGGAUGAUGAGCACAGCCAGGAGCUCAAGGAGUGGAGGGAGAAGCUGCGGCCACGCAAGAAGGCCCUGGAGGAGGAGUUUGCGCGGAAGAUGCAGGAGCAGGAGGUCUUCUUCAAGAUGAGCGGCGAGUCUGAGUGCCUCAACCCCUCAGCGCAGAGCCGCAUCUCCAAGUUCUACCCAAUCCCCAGCGUCCACUCCACGGGCUUCUAACACACACAUACAUACACACACACACACACACACACACACACACACACACACUGGGGCAUACAUACAUGCACAGACUCUCUCAUACACACACACAAACGCAGACACACAAACGCAGACACACACAUACUGGAGCAGCAAUGCACACUACAGGCCGCCACAGGUGGAGCUGCACCUCUGCUGCCUUGACCCUUGACCCCUGACCCCUCUCCACCCAGUAACUGUGAGGUGACAGAAGAAGGAACCACUCUUUAGGAUUUUACUCGUUCCCACUCUCUCACACCGAUUCAUUUUCUCUCUCUCUCUCUCUCUCUCUCUCUGUCUCUCUCUCUCUCUCUGUCUCUGUCUCUCUGUCUUUCUCUCUCUCUCCCCCUUUUCCCUGUUAUUCUAUAUUUUUAUUUUGGUUAAUUUUUCUUCUCUUUUUUUUUUGUGAGACACUCCACACAUUAAAUUGACAGCAUUGGUAUUUGAGAAUGGUUGGAAAGAUUCACUCUUAUUUUGUUCUUGACACGCACAAAAAAAUCCUAGUGCCUAAACAAAAUGAAAUCGACUUUUUAUAGGGUUGGUGGAGAAAGUAAACUGCUGCUGAAUUAUUGUUUUUACUCCAAGUUCUUUACACAGUAGCAGCUUAACCCGUCUAGUACCUCAGCCACAGUAGCAAAUGAUGAGCACAAACCAAAACAUACAAAAAAUAAAUAAAUACAUUAUAAAUAGUCAUUUAUUUUGUAACCAGUGCAGCCCCUAAUCAUCGAACAAAUUCGAGGUGGAAGAAGAUGGCACCUUAUUGUCAAUAGCACAGAGGGGGGUGAGUGCAGGUUGUUCUGCAGUCUGAACAAAUCUGAAGAAAUCCAUUAAGGUCCUGAUGAAGCAUAUCUUUUUGUAGUAGGCAAGAAUACAAAAUACAAAUAAAAAGCUGUCUGCUUGCUGUAGUGCCUUGAUUGAAUUCUGUUCCUCUUUUGAGGGCAAAGGCAGGAAGUUUGGUUCCCCCAGCACGGAGGUUCCGCAUCUCGAGGUCAGAGUGAGGUCACUUGCCUUCUCCUGUUCUCGUACUCAGUGAUGACUUCUUCUUUUUUUCGUUUUGAUUUCCGAUGAAUGACAGAUUUGGUCAUACUCAAUGAAGGAUUAUUACUUUGUUUUGUAUUUUCCUCACAUAUUGAUAUGCAAGAAUUUUACAGACUAUUGGUUUUUUUGUUGUUUUUCUUUUGGUUGUGACUGGUGUGGAUUUGUGUAUUUGUUUUCGUUGUUGCUGCUGUUGAUGAAGCUAAGAAUUUGCAGCACACUUUUCUUUUGUUGUCGUUCCAAGUACAUCGGCAGAAUAUCAACAACAGAUUAGCAUUCGUCACUACCAAAUACUCCAAUCAUAGGAAGCAUGCUUUUGAGUGUGUUUGUUUCCGUUUAUAAUCCGAGAAGUACCUUAAGCGAUGUUUUUUUUUUUUUUUUUUUUUGCAACAAUGACUAGUUUACUCCUUUUAAAACAAUGACUGUAGUUUACCUUUUUUUACUGUGUUAGUUGAUUCUGAUUACGUAUCACUGCAGGAGGAUGACAGGUUAAUUUCCUCUUUUUUUUUGUUUUUCUUUCCUCAUCUCAAAACUGCAGAUAUACUUCAGACAGACAUACAGUGUUUCUAAUUGAGGUACGGUAAAACGUCAUGAAUUUAUACUCUCUGUGGUAAUCGGUUUUAGCUACAUUGUAAUGGAAGCUUCUUCAGCUGUUAUUGUUUUUUUUACACUACUCUGGAAGUACUUGCAUUUAACUUUACUCUAAACUGUAAAUGCAGUGGAAAUACAGGACGGCUCUGGUAAGCGCGAGCACUUGUUGGAACGACUCCUAUUAUGAGCCUUGGCUAUUAAUGUGAACUGCUACAACGAGGGUCAAAUCGAUAUAUAUGAAGAAGUGCUGAGCACCUUUUUGGACAUCUGAAGAAUUUCUGCAAGUGGAUAUUUAAAGAAUCCUAUCUAGACGCAAGAUCAUAAGCAUACUAGAAUUACUUGGAUUUGUUUUGUUGUUUUCCCACAUCAACUUGUUUUUGAAAUGUAAGCAAAUCUCGCUAUGUACUAUUUUCGUCGUUCUGACUCCAUGCAGUGAAUGCCAGUCAUACAAUUUGGAGAAAACCUCCGGAUUGCAUUUUUAAGUAUUGUCUGUCCCAAUGUAAGACAUGAUGUCUUUGCAAGAGAUCAGGUUGUCAUGGUUUUUUUCGAAGAAGCCACAGAUUUAGUGUAAUGAAAUUGUUUCCUGUAAAUAAUAAAUGAUGUCAGCGUCUUUGUGUUG